AGGCUCCGCACCCGGGCUCUGGUGAUCACUGUGGGGUGAGUGUGGGGCAUUUCACUCAGACUUUAGUUAAUGUCGCUCACAAGUGGACAGGGACGUGUUCUUCUCAUUGAAUCGUGCGCGAGAAGAGAAAAACGUGACACGAGGGACACGGAGGAAUCCCACGCUCCAGUGUCCAGGGUUGAUUUAAUGAGCCAUAAACAAGCUAACAGCUAAUGGUGAGGCGGAGCAGGGAAUCACAUCUCUGACAAAGUGAAAGCCAGCUCAUCGGUUGAGAAACAUGGAUGAUGUGCAGGAAGAGCUGGACUCAGUGGAGGCCGAGCUGGAGUCGGUGGAGCUGCAGAUCACGGAGCUCCUGCAGAAGCAGACUGACCUGACUUCUCGCAAGAAUGCAUUGCUGCAGCAGUUGGACGAGGCCUGUGACGCUGCGCAGUCAUCGUCCUCCUCGACUUCCUCAAAGUCAUCUGGAGCUCAGUCUAGAAUGAGCAAAGAGGAGAUUCAGCGCUAUGAUGGCUCAGAUUUCCCAUGGUCCAAAGCAGUGGAGAAGCAGCUAAAGGAAUCAUUCAGUCUCUCCACGUUCAGACCACUGCAGCUCAGGGCCAUCAAUCUGACCCUGUCAGGCAGAGAUCUCUUCCUGGUUAUGCCGACAGGAAGAGGAAAAAGCCUCUGCUACCAGCUGCCUGCAGUCUGCUCCGAGGGUUUUACACUGGUUGUCUCUCCCUUGGUGUCCCUAAUGGAAGACCAGAUCAUGUACCUAAACUCAAUGAAUGUGGAAGCAGCCAUGCUGAAUGCAUCCAGUAGCAAGGAGCAUGUCAAGGCAGUCAUGGCUGGAAUGAUUGAUGCGAAGUCCCCUUACAAGCUGGUGUAUGUGACUCCAGAGAAGAUCGCCAAGAGCAAGCUGCUCAUGUCUCGUUUGGAGAAGGCCUACAAGGCAAACCUGCUGAGUCGUAUCACUGUGGACGAGGUGCACUGCUGCAGCCAGUGGGGACAUGACUUCAGACCAGAUUAUAAACUGCUGGGAAUACUGAAGAGGCAGUUCCCCAAAGUGCCGCUGAUCGGCCUCACUGCCACGGCAACCAGCAGCGUCCUCAAGGACUGCGAGAAGAUCCUGUGCGUGAAACAGCCAACGACGAUCUCCGCCUCCUUCAACCGAACCAAUCUCUACUAUGAGGUUCGUAUUAAAGCGUCUGAUAAUGAGGCAGUGAUAAGUGACAUCGCCUCUCUGAUCAAGAACAGAUACAAGAACCAGUCAGGGAUUGUGUAUGUGUUCUCUCAGAAGGAUGCAGAAUCGGUUUCAUCUGACCUCCAGAAGCGGGACAUUGUGGCCUCUCCCUACCACGCCAACAUGAACCCUGACGAUAAGUCCCGGGUUCACAGGCAGUGGACCACCAACAAAAUCAGGGUGAUUGUAGCCACUGUGGCUUUUGGCAUGGGCAUCGACAAGCCCGACGUCAGGUUUGUCAUCCACCACACAAUCAGCAAGUCCAUCGAGAACUACUACCAGGAGAGUGGACGUGCAGGUCGAGACAGCAAAUCAGCAGACUGCAUCGUCUACUUCGGUUUCAUGGAUAUCUUCAGGAUCAGCACCUUGGUGCUGAUGGAGAACGUUGGUCAACAGAAGAUGCUGAAGAUGGUCGACUACUGCCAGAAUGUUGACAGGUGUCGGCGGUUUCUCAUGGCUGAACAUUUUGAUGAGGUGUGGGACGAUGAAGGCUGCAACAAGAUGUGUGAUAUUUGCCGUCACCAGAAAGCAGACUUCGCGACUGUGGACAUUACCCAGGAUGCCCGGCAAGUGGUGCAGAUAUUGGAACUGGCGGCGUCCAUGGAUGAGAAGCUGACUCCUCUGAAGCUGGUGGAGGCCUGGAUGGGAAAAGGCCCGGUGAAGCGCAGGAAGAUGAUUCAGACCACUACACUGCCUCGGCUGCAGGUCGAAGCUGUUAUUGUGCGACUGCUGCUGCAGGGAUACCUCAGCCAGGACUUCAGCUUCACACCAUACACCACCUACGUCUACGUGAAGCUGGGCAACAAAGCUGCUCUGUUGAAGAACCAGACUCAUAAACUCAGCAUGAAGAUGAGGACAGCAGGGUCCGAAUCUGCUGUGGACACAUCAGCUGUUAAAGUUAAUGAAGAGGAGGUUGAUUUAGCCUUUGACCUCAUUGAAAUGGACAGCAGCUGCUCCCCACAACCCAAACAAAAUGUGUUUAAAGAACAGAGGAACAUCUCCAGGAAACAGGACCAGAAACCAAUCAGCCAGACAAACAAAGUGAAGCAACAGCUGGCAGGUGGACAUGGAGAGGAAGAGGACACCACAGGAUCCAUUAUGUCCCAACAUGUCCUGGAGGUUGAAAUCAACAUAAUAGAUAAUGCAGUUGUCAGCGAGAGUCAGAAAACCCCAUCACAUCCAGUCAAAUCCUGUUCCAAACGGAAAUCCACCACUCCUCAGAGAGCGAGGAGGAAACCUUGUGCCGAUGUCAGCAGUUUGCCCGGCUCCCCAUCCCGGACCUCGGUCAUCUCUGAGACUGCGGCUGAGGAGCUCUGUGAGUUGAGGAACUAUUACAGCAAGCAGCUGAGGAGGAUAAACUACAUUUCCCACGAGCACCUGGGGCAGGCAGACGAGCCAGGAGUGCUGGCGUGCAUCAGGGAGCCUCUGAGGAGCCUGCGUCUGCCCCGCAGGGUGACCAUCGCGGAGACGGCCCGCAGCCUGUGGACACGAGUCAGCAGCCGCCGCAAACUGCUGCACCGCUGACAUCAGAAAAUGGUGCUUGGUCAUAAAGGUUUCCUGCUGUUGCUCUGUAGUCACGGUGCUUUGUUUACACAUGUCUGCUGGUCAAACGAAAGAACAGAAACAUGCUGCCAAGCACUUCAUCCCUUCAAUUAUGCAUGGAGGGAAAAUCUUAUUUUAUUAAAAACUAAAAUGAUAUAAUUUCACGAAGUAAAAUGUGUUUCAUAGGCUCAUGAAAAUGUGAGAAAUCUCAUAACGGAGCUGCUUUGUUACUAAUUAUGAUUCUUAAUGGAUCUAAAGUUCUGAAUCUGGAUUUUUAAGCUGGAUUCCAUUUUCUGUUCUUUUUGUAUUGAUGCUGAAAACCGACUGACUGACUAACUAAUAAACUGAAUUCUCAAAAGUGAAGGGAUUUUCAUAACAGACUGACAUAAUUUGAGUUUUAUUUGGUUGUGCGAACUGGGAUGAUCUCAUACAUGUACUGUAUUGAAGUAUGAAACUGAAAUUCAAUUAUAUAUUUGUCUUUGCUUCAGCUCCCAUGGUGGACUAAGAAAAGAAUUAAAACCCAAAGGAAGAAGCAUAUUUUCUUUCUCAAACUUUCUUAUUUUAUUAUAAAUGUCACAUAAAGCACUGAUGUCCCAGAAGCAUGAGCCACAGACUUUAAUAACUCACAUUACAUCAAUGUACACUAUACUACAUAAGACAUGAGGUGAAAAAACACUGAAAUAUAGCAAACUAUGUUAUCAUGAUGUGUAGUAACUCUGCUGAUAUACUGUACUAUAUAGUUUCACUUGUUUCUAUCUGGAUCAAUUCGUUUUCUGUUUUUUGUAAAUGUAUUACAUUUCAGAAUAAACCUUUAUUUCAA